AUGCCAGAUUCUAACGCCACCGACUUCACCAACCCCUCCACUUUCAUUCUCUUGGGAAUUCCUGGCCUGGAGGCCGCCCACAUAUGGAUCUCCAUCCCCUUCUGCAUCAUGUACAUCCUAGCCAUAUUGGGGAACAUCGCCAUCCUCUUCAUUGUGAAGAGGGAGCCAAGCCUCCAUGAGCCCAUGUACUAUUUCCUCUGCAUGCUGGCCAUCACUGACCUGGUCCUGUCCACAUCCAUCCAACCCAAAAUGCUGAGCAUCUUCUGGCUCAAUUCCAGGGAAAUCAAUUUCAGUGCCUGCCUCACCCAGAUGUACUUCAUUCACUGCUUCUCUGCAAUAGAAUCUGGAAUCUUCAUGGCCAUGGCGUUGGAUCGCUACGUGGCCAUCUGCCAUCCCCUGAGGCAUUCCACCAUCCUCACAAACUCUGUGGUGACCAAGGUCAGCCUGGCCGUGGUUCUGCGUGGAGGCGUGCUUGUAUUUCCCCAUCCCUUCCUGGCAAGGCAAUGGCCAUACUGCAGAACCAACAUCAUUCUCCAUUCGUACUGUGAGCACAUAGCUAUAGUGAAUCUAGCCUGUGCUGAUAUCCAAGUCAGUAGUUACUACAGCCUCUCCGUGGCAUUCUUCAUUACAGGCCUGGACGUGGUUCUUAUUGCUGUGUCCUACAGCCAGAUCCUAAGGGCUAUAUUUAGCCUCCCCACAAAGGACGCCCGGCUCAAAACUUUUGGGACGUGCAGCUCCCACCUCUGUGCCAUUUUGGCCUUUUACAUCCCAGGACUCUUCUCCUUCCUGACACACAGGUUUGGCCAGAACAUAGCCCUGUAUUUCCACAUUCUCAUGGCCAACAUCUAUCUCCUUGUGGCCCCCAUGCUAAACCCCAUCAUCUAUGGCGUGAGGACCAAACAGAUCCGGGACACGCUCCUCCAUCUCUUUUCUCGUCAAGGCUCCUUAAGUUUUCUCCUGGUGCUUUGA